CGCGAAGUAUCAUGAAAAAAGGAGAAGACAAUCGUGUGAGACGGCACUUUGUUCCAGAACAGGUGGAUUUUGGAACGCACGAAAUCUCAAGGAAGUUUUUGAGAUUCCUGUGAUUUUUAAAUCUACUUGGGUUAUGAUAUUCCAAUAUGGACAGUGAAAAAGAUGAUAAAGAUGCAGAAUCCGAACAAUCAAUUAUCAAGAAAGAAUCAAGUGUUAAAGCUGAAGUGAAGUCCGAGUCUAAACAAUUCAAUCAUCAUGAAUUAAUAAAAUUAACCAAAGCGAUUAUAGGUAAUAUUGUUGAGAGCGAUCCUCUGUUCUCCGGAUUGCCCUUGGAUGUCACGAUAGAAGAACUUAAGUCACAGAUUGCAGUUGCGCAAGGACAAGCCAUAACUUUGUUUUUAAAUCGGGGAGAACUGCCAAAGCUUGCAAUAGUGGUGCCACCAUAUAAUACAACCGUACUUGAUUUAAAAAAGGCUAUCAAGCGACACAUGAAUCUAGCUUUAAAAAGAGAAAAUGUCAAAAAGAAAAUAAGUUGGAAACAUAUCUGGAAGAAAUAUCAUCUUUGCUUUAAAAACAUCAGACUCUUUGACAAUAAUGAAAACAUUCAAAGCUAUGGUGUUGCUAAUAAGGCGGAGUUACGCUUUGCAAAAAAACGCAGAGAAAAGAACAAGUUGACAAAACGUUAACAGUAUAAAUCAGUUUAAAAACAAAUUACUAAGAUUGUGUAAAUAAUUAAAUACUGAUAUAAACAAAG